AUGUCUGAUUUGGAAAAACAAGUUCAGAAUUUAAAUAUUAACGAAGGUGAAAAUGAUAGCAAUCAGAAUGCAUCUUCUUAUGUUCCACCACAUUUAAGAAAUAAGAGAGGAGGGCAAUCUCGUUCUUUUAACGACCGCAGCAACGCUGGCCAAAGCAGCAGAUUCAGCAACAAUGGAGGCUUCUCAAGAGGUAAUGGUGGCGUCGGCAACAACAGAGGCUCCAGAGGUGGCUUCUACGGUAACGGCGGUGGCAGAUCCAACGAUUCCAGAUUCAACGGUGGCCAUCCUGGUAGAGGUAGAUGGGUCAACGGCGAACACGUUCCAGGUACUAAGAAUGAAAAUUUAGAAAUUCAGUUAUUCGGUGUCGCCGAAGAUCCAUCGUUCCAAUCUUCCGGUAUCAACUUCGAUAGUUACGAUGAUAUUCCAGUCGAGGCUUCGGGUACUGAUGUGCCAGAGGCCAUCACAGAAUUCACUUCUCCACCUUUGGACUCUUUAUUAUUGGAAAACAUCCAUUUGGCCCGUUUCACCAAGCCAACUCCGGUUCAAAAGUACUCUGUUCCAAUCGUCGCUCAAGGCAGAGAUUUAAUGGCUUGUGCUCAAACUGGUUCAGGUAAGACUGGUGGUUUCUUAUUCCCUGUCUUGUCGCAAUCCUUCAAGAAUGGUCCAGCUCCAGUUCCAGAAGACUUGAAGAGAUCCUUCCUAAGAAAGGGUAACCCAACUGCUCUAGUCUUAGCCCCAACAAGAGAAUUAGCUACCCAAAUUUACGAUGAAGCCAAGAAGUUCACUUACCGUUCAUGGGUCAGACCAGUAGUUAUCUACGGUGGUUCCGACGUCGGUACUCAGAUCAGAGAAUUAGAACGUGGUUGUGAUUUGUUGGUUGCCACCCCAGGUCGUUUGAAUGAUUUAUUAGAAAGAGGAAGAGUCUCCUUGGCUAACGUCAAGUACUUGGUUUUAGAUGAAGCUGAUAGAAUGUUGGAUAUGGGUUUCGAACCACAAAUCAGACACAUUGUCGAUGGUUGUGAUAUGCCAGACGCUAACAACAGACAGACUUUAAUGUUCUCGGCCACCUUCCCAGAUGACAUUCAACAUUUAGCAAGAGAUUUCUUAAACGACUACAUUUUCUUGUCUGUCGGUAGAGUCGGUUCUACUUCUGAAAACAUUACACAAAGAAUCUUAUACGUCGAAGAUAUGGACAAGAAAUCUGCUUUAUUAGAUUUAUUGGCUGCUGAAAACGAUGGUUUGACUUUAAUUUUUGUCGAAACUAAGAGAAUGGCCGAUGAGUUGACCGAUUUCUUGAUCAUGCAAGAUUUCAUGGCCACUGCUAUUCACGGUGACCGUACUCAAAUUGAAAGAGAACGUGCUCUAGCAGCUUUCAAGGGUGGUAGAGCCAAUGUCUUAGUCGCCACCGCUGUCGCCGCUAGAGGUUUAGAUAUUCCAAACGUUACUCACGUUAUCAACUACGACUUGCCAACUGAUAUCGAUGACUACGUCCAUAGAAUUGGUAGAACUGGUAGAGCUGGUAACACCGGUGUUGCUACUUCUUUCUUCAACAGAGGUAACAGAAACGUUGUUAAGGGUUUGAACGAUUUAUUAAUCGAAGCUAACCAAGAAGUCCCUGAUUUCGUUACUGAUGUUUUAAGAGAAUCUGGUAGAUCAGGUAAAUCCAGUGGUUACUCUAGCCGUAACAACAGUAGUAGAGAUUUCCGUAAAUCUGGUUCCAACACCGGCGGUUGGGGUAACAAUUCCAGAAGCAGCAGCAGCAGAGGUGGCUGGGGCGCUUCUAAGCCUGCAAGUGGCGGUUGGGGAGAAAGUAGAUCUUCUUCCAACGGCGGCUGGGGCAAUUCCGGUACCUCCGGUUCCUCCGCUAACAAGAGCUCCUGGUGGUAG